AUGCCUAUUGGAAGUGAUCUACUGGCCAGCAUGGCCAAGAGGAAAGUUGCCCGUAGCGCUCGGGUGGCUAGUUGGGACCAGAAGGGCCUUAACGAGGAUGCCUUUGUGGUUUUGCCUGGCGAGUCCAUCGUGCUCGCCGACAUUGAAGGACCAGGCGCCAUCACCCAUCUGUGGUUCGUACAAACCUGCCGCAAGAUCCUAGGCCCGGGGUUGAUCCCCUACUCCAAGUCCGGUGUCGCGAUGAUGGAAAUCCACAAUGCUCUCGGCCUCAACUACGAAAUCAGCGAGCCGGACUACUACCGCAAGGUGCUCAUCAAGAUGUACUGGGAUGAUUCUGAGACUCCCAACGUGAUCGCACCCAUUGGCGACUUCUUCUGUCUCGGUCAUUCCAUGGCGGCCAAUUUCCAGUCUCUCCCCUUCACGGUGUCGGUCAAGCCGUCCGAGGAGAAGAAAUUUGGCGGUGCUGCCGCGUUCAACUGCUACCUCACUAUGCCGUUCAACAAACGCGCACGCAUUGAGAUUGAGAACCAAAACGACGAGGCUUAUUUCCAGUACUUCUACAUCGACUAUGAGCUCUACCCCGAGCCUCUGCCUGCGGAUACGCUGUAUUUCCACGCGCACUGGCGCCGCAUGAACCCAACCAACGGCUGGGCGCCGUCUCGGAUUCAGACGAACAGCCUCGAAACGCAAGUGCCAAACCUGGACGGAAAGGACAACUACGUCAUCUUGGAGACCGAAGGCGCCGGGCAGUUCAUCGGCUGCAACCACUCCGUUGCGCACUUCCAGGGCACCUGGUGGGGUGAAGGCGACGACAUGAUCUUCAUCGACGAUGAUACCUGGCCCCCCAGUAUGCAUGGCACUGGCGGGGAGGACUAUUUCACGCAGGGAUGGGGCAUGCAGAAGAACGCGUACCCGUUCUGCGGCACGAUCAUCCACGAAGAAGACGUGCCCAACUACCAAGUCAGCUACCGCUGGCACCUUACGGACCCGGUGCGCUUCAACAAAAAAAUCAGAGUGACCCUGGAAUCAGGGCAUGCGAACCAUUUGCGCGAUGACUGGAGUACUACCGCGUACUGGUACCAGACUCUCCCCGGGCCCAAGCUUGAUAUUCUUCCUGUGGAGAAGCGCAUUCCGCGCAAGCCUCAGUUUCCACCUUCGGAUGAUGUACCUGAGCCGGAUGUGAGCAGCAUGAGUGCUGAGAAGCAUGCUAUGGUCAAGCAGCGCGAUGAGCGGAUGGAGGCGUUUGUCAAGGACCGGAAUGAGUGGCUGGCGAGAAGGGCACGCGAUUCUCAGGAACGCGCGCGCAAUAAUGUCGAUAUUUGCAAGGAUAUCAGGGCGCGCUUCUUGCAGGGUUUAGGCAAGUAG